UAUCGUCCAAAUUUAAGGAAAAUAAAUAAAUAAAAACAAAAAUGAAAAGUAAGCGGAGAAAAGGGAAAAAAAAGGGGAGAGGGAGCGGAAAAAUAAGCACCGCCCUUGAUUCUAUCUUUCACUUCCUUGCUCUUCCUUGUUUCCGUCGUGAGCAUAGCCUUCCCUUCUUUCCCUUCCUCUCUAACUGCCGUCGAAAAUUUGGACGAUGUUCAGAUCUCUCCAUGACUCCCUAAUUAUUGAAUCUGAAAUACUUGCAUAGCUUGAAUCAGUGGUGUGAAUUCGUAUAUGAGUGAUCAUGGGGUCAGCUUGUUGUGUAGCUGCAAGGGACAGAACCGUUCCAAAUAGAACCGGAGGUGAUACUUUGCAUAGGAACGUGACGUGUUCACCAUCUUGGAGCUUCCGCUGGGAUAAUCGAAGGCGUGUGGCCGGUGAAAUUGAAGAGCCUUCUUAUCAGGUGUCUAAUGGAGCUAGCAGAAAUGUUAGCAUGGAGAUAAAAGGGACAUUAGGCUCUGAUAGAGGUAAUCUUUCUGAUCAAGGAAGUGAGCUUGGAAUUGAGAACUAUGGAACACCCACUUCUCAAAAAUCACCAAUCCGUGAAGAUAUGGGUGGGGAUUUGAUGAACCCUCCUUCAGACAUAUCAAGGGCAAGCAAUUAUUCCAUGGAGGGGAAGAUUUUGGCAGAAUCACCAGAUAUUGUGGAUUCAUCUGCACCAAAGCUAUCAUUUUGUAUACCUCCAUCAUUCUCAUCACCAAUUACAAAUACUUUGUCUAGUCAUGUACAUUUACUUCCUCCCAACUCAACCCCAUCCAGACGGGCACGCCGUUCACCUGGUUACCGGCUAUCGAGGCAGGUGUCUGAUAGUCGAAUCCUAGGAUUGAGAUCACCAAAUAAUUCAAUGUCUGAAGGAAGGUCAUCUUUUGUGCUCUCCACGUGUAGCAAUGACUUAACAGCUGGAUCUCAUGGUGGCUCUUCUGAUGGCUGGUCCAUGCGCACUUUUACUGAGCUUGUGGCCUCUUCUCAAAGAGAAAGGUGGUCUUUUGACAGUGAACACUUUGGUUCUGGUUAUGGUAAAAUAAGUGGAUGUAGCAACAGGUUCUCAUAUUCUCCAUCCAUAGAUAUGAGAAAUUGUGGGGCUUGCUCAAAGCUUUUGGCUGAGAGAUCUUCAUGGAGCUGCAAUGAAAUUUCAGUGGUUGCUGUACUUGUCUGUGGACAUGUUUACCAUGCUGAAUGCUUGGAGAUGAUGACACCAGAGGCUGACAGAUAUGACCCAGCCUGCCCAAUAUGUAUGGUUGGAGAAAAACAGUUCUCAAAGAUUUCCAGAAAAGCUUUGAAAGCUGAAGCAGAGUUGAAGACAAAACAUCUUAAGUUAUUCAAGAAUAGAGUUAUAGAUAGUUUUGUUGAUGGUGGUUGUGAUGAUGUUGACCAACAAAAAAAUGCCAAACGAGAAGGAAAAGCUCCAAAGUUGGAACCCAGUUCUAGCCGGAGAAGCUCCUUGGCAAAGCCUUUCUUGAAACGCCACUUCUCAAUUGGGUCUAAGUGGGGCAGAUCACUAUCGGAGAAUGAUUCUUCCAGGAAGAAGGGCUUUUGGGUAAGAUAUCGAAAAGAUCGAGUUCCCUAAUGUACUGUCUUGAGGAGAGGGGCCUGUCCGUUUGAUCAUAAAAGUUUAUCACUGUCAGUAAAUAUGCCUUUUUUUUUUCCCUCCAAAGGGUUUAAGAGAGAAGCUCACAGUAUGCUCCGCAAGUCAGGCUUCCAAGUUCCAAUGCAAUCAAAUCUAAAUUUCUUAAUUUAGAGAUUCGUCUCGGUUUUUUAAGGUAAUAUACUAUCCACAGGAUAGCCAUGGAAAAUUUCCUACAUUGACCUACCUUAUAACUUGUGCCUCUUAGUGUUUUUUUUCUUUUUGUUGCCCAUAGCCUAGGGCUGGGUAGGGCAUGAAUAUGACCCAACUUUGAAUUGGAUCAGAAUAUAAGUGUGUAGUUUUAGAAAUUUAUAUGUAAUAACAUAUCAACUGGUGGGGUUUUGAGAGUUCAAAGUUCUAGGUAAGCUUGUUCUUUGUAGGUUUCAUGCAAAGAUGUAGCUGAAUGUGGCCUAGCUUUUAUAUCUACAUGCAAUUCUGGAUGACUGAUCUAAAAGGAACCCAUUGACGGAUCAACUCAAUGAAGCAUUGAAUUGAUUGAGAAAA